AGGAUAACUCAACGAAGCUAUGAGACCUACGCGCUAGCCAACUGCGCCACCACCCCUUCAUUCUUCGAGUGUGGCACAAUAAAUAGGAUUUUCAAUAAUAACAUAAAAAAUUGUUUGGUUAUCGGGGUUUUGACUUCGAUUCUCCUUAACAUCGGCAUCCUAAAAUUGCUCUAAAAAGCACCUCUCUUUCCUUGGUAUCUUCCUCUCUCUCUCAUCUUGCCCCAAUACUCUUAAAUCAAUUCACAAUAAAAUCUGCAUUCUUAAAGAUUCCAGUAUGAUGUCUGAGAUCUUGAUUGACAUAAUGGUAAUUGGCACCUGACUUGAUGUUGCAUAUUGCAGAAAAUCCUCAAUGGUAAGAAGUGCGGCAUGCUUUCCAUUGUACAGAAAUUGUUUACAGAUCAUUUGGGUUCCUUCAUCAACUAGGUUUACUCAUGCCAAUGUAACAUUUGUUUGAAAUGGAAGACGGACUAAAUAUGAAUCUUAGUGGAAGUCAAGGUAGUUUAGUAACUAAGACAAAUGCUAAAAAUUAUAAUGACAUUAUGACUCGCCGUCUAAAGAACCGGGAACGGCAGCGUAGAUAUAGGGCCCGGAAACGACUUGAAGAAGAUAUGCAGAAGCCUCAUGUCCUAAGCCAACCAACUAUGCCACAAGUGGAGUUGCAAUUAAAUGGGAUCCUUGGUAAUGGGACAACACGUGUUCAUUGUAAACGGGAUUGGAAAAAAGAUGCUAGAAGGGCUCACAUCAGCAAGGGUCAAGAUGACAUGCAUAAUGCAUCUGUCCAGUCUACUCUUAAACUAACUGUUGAAAGCCAAAUACCAUGCUUGCCCUCUGGGAUUAAAGCAGGAGGAUCACUAGAAAGAGAAUGCCAUUCUGAGAAUUCCCAUAUCCUGGGGAACUGUGAAAUUAGGAAACCUAAGCUUGGUCGAAGAGACUGGAAAGCAGAUGCAAGAAACAAGAAGAGUUGAGUUGGUUGUAACCAAGCUGUCCUCUAAAACGAAUGUAUAAGAGGUACAAAAUUGAAUGCUGGAUAGCACAUGUCUGUGUGAUUGUUGAAGAUCCUGAAGUUGUAAUGACUGCAAGAACUUAUGGUGCAGUAAGUCAGUCUGUUGCCGCAUUUAGGAAGAGCUUUUAUUGUUAGGUUUUCUGAACUUCUACUACUCUUUCGAUUUCAGAUGCAGAACUGAGUAUAUGAAGAACGUUAAUUUUGGAAUAGGAUGCUUGAAGUGGAAGAUUGCUGCUGUCGAAGAUCGGACUAGAGUUAGAACGGUCAGGAAUGAUUGUAAUAUGUGACAUUAACAUUAUAUCAUUGCUCUCUCAUCCUGUUUGAUUGAUCAUUCUGUGGCUGAUUAAAUUUAGACUUUUCCUUACUUGAAAGAUAUCAAACAUGGAUAUGCCUGUAAGUUUCCUUGCCUGCACCUUGUACCUUCAACUGUGAAUGUGUCCUAAAGAAGUUAUAUUAAAGGAUUCCUUGUUGGAAAUUCUGAUUAGUACACCUUUUCAGCCUUUUAGCUUAGAUCAAGGAAUUUCAAAUGAAUAUCACAGUCAAAUAAGUUACAUCAUUGCUUUUCCCACUUUAGUAACAAAAACGGCAAACAUAAUGUCUCCCUCCCGCAGCAGGUCUUUGUGAUUGUGUUUAUGGUCCAAACUCGAACCCUUAUAUUUGGACAUUCGCCCCAUGAACUUCUUAAUUCGUAAAUCCUAAUGUUAUUACAAAGGACAAAUUUACAUAGGCAUUUUUAAUUAGAAAUCCUCACAUCACAUUUUCAUUUCAACAAGAUUACUGCUUGUGAAAUUUUCAAACUUCACCGUUUUUAGAUAGGACAAUGCUCUCUUGGAUACUUAGAUUAAGGAAAUUUGGUGAUAAUCAUGAAGAAAGGGAAGAAGGUCAAAAUUAAUGCUCUGAGUUGCAGGAGUCAAUGCAAACAUUGAAUGCCAAAUUUAUCCGACUAGCUUCCAUUGAGAGGAUCAUCAAUGAUCAGACAAAUUGUUUUGUUGGUCAUCAAUUAGUUGUAUGUAUGACUCAAAAUUUUAGACAACCAAAUUUAGAAUUGGUUUACCUGUCUUUGCGGGAACAUCUAUCCCAAAAGCUGUUUCAUUAACAACUUAAAACUUAUCUGUAUAUUUCAAUUUGUUAUCUCUUUUUUCUAAGCCAUUAAAACCUCAAUGUAGAACAUCUCUUUUCAAUCUCCCAAUUCUCUUGAUCAAAGAACUUGUUUUGUAGGGGACAAAAAGAAAUUAUUAAUAAAGCCAUG